AUGGAAAUUGAAAAUAAUAGGCAAAAACCUAACAUUUUGAUUACUGGUACACCAGGAGUUGGAAAAAGUACAUUAGGAAAAUUGUUAAGUGAACAUGUUGAGGGUCUCCAGUAUGUUGAUGUUGGAUUGUUAAUAAAUUAAAGGAAAUUGUAUAAGGAAUGGAAUUAAGAAUUUAAUGUACCUGAAUUUGAUUAGGAUAUGGUAUGUGAUGAAUUAGAAAAUGCUAUGCAAACUGGAGGAAUGAUCAUAGAUUUUCAUACAUCUUCAUUCUUUCCUGAAAGAUGGUUCGACUUAGUUGUAUUGCUAAGGACCAACAACACUGUCUUAUAUGACAGACUCAAAGCCAGAGGAUACGAAGAUAAGAAGAUAACAGAGAACAUCGAGUGUGAAAUUCUAGAUGUCAGCAAAGAUGAGGUCGAAAGUUCUUAUAAACAAAAUAUUAUUAUGGAAUUGAAUAAUGAGGAAGUGGGUUAAUUAGAGCAAAACAUUUUAUAAAUAAUCGAGUAUUUAAAACAAUGGAAACAAGCAUAAUUGUAAAAGUAAUAACAGCAAUAAUAAAUCUAAUGAAAAUAUGUAUAUUAAUUAUAAACAUACCUUUAAGUGUC